AGUCGGCGCGGAGUGCGGGCCGGUGUCUGGGUGGCAGCGCGGCGGCUAGUCUUCGGCACCAUGAGCGGCUUCAGCUGCGAGGAGCGCGCCGCGCCCUUCUCCCUGGAGUACCGAGUCUUCCUCAAAAAUGAAAAAGGACAAUAUAUAUCUCCAUUUCAUGAUAUUCCAAUUUAUUCAGAUAAGGAUGUGUUCCACAUGGUGGUUGAAGUGCCACGUUGGUCUAAUGCAAAAAUGGAGAUUGCUACAAAGGAUCCUUUAAACCCAAUUAAACAAGAUGUGAAAAAAGGAAAACUCCGCUAUGUUGCGAAUUUGUUUCCUUAUAAAGGAUACAUCUGGAACUAUGGUGCCAUUCCUCAGACUUGGGAAGAUCCAGGACACAAUGACAAGCAUACUGGCUGUUGUGGCGACAAUGACCCGAUUGAUGUGUGUGAAAUUGGAAGCAAGGUUUGUGCAAGAGGUGAAAUCAUUGGGGUGAAAGUUCUGGGCAUACUGGCCAUGAUUGACGAAGGGGAAACCGACUGGAAAGUCAUUGCCAUUAAUGUGGAGGAUCCUGAUGCCGCCAAUUAUAACGAUAUUAAUGAUGUGAAACGCCUGAAACCUGGCUACCUAGAAGCUACUGUGGACUGGUUUAGAAGGUACAAGGUUCCUGAUGGAAAACCAGAAAAUGAGUUUGCUUUCAAUGCAGAAUUUAAAGGUCCCCCCCGGGCCCUGGCUGGUCCUGACAUUUCACACUUCCAGCUGGCGAGCGGGACGGCCUGGGUCAGCCUCCGACCAUCUUUCGGUACCCGGAGGAAAUAG